AGUAAAGUCAGCGCCGAGCGGUUGAUCUCACGAAGCAAUAUUGAUUGUAUGUUUGUGGGACGAAGUGCAGGCGCGAUGGGUCGUAAGUUCUCAGUCAAGAAUGUUUGCAUCGUGGGAGCGGGACCGUCGGGAGUUGCAGCAGCCAAAUACUUGCUUGCCGAGAAGGCGUUUGAGCGCAUCGAUGUUUAUGAACAGCGAUCCCGAGUAGGCGGUGUAUGGGACUACUCGCCCGAACAAAAGACGCCCGACGACCUUCCUGUGCCAUCCGUGACACCACACGCCGGCCUCGCCAAACCCAAAUGGCUGCAAUCGGGCACCAGAAAGGCCUUGGGAGGUCGCGUCGAAGAGGACUCUCUGUUCCUUAGCCCGCUCUAUGAUCGUCUUGAGACGAACAUCCCACGCACGUUGAUGGGCUACUCCGACUUCGACUGGCCUGAAGAUUCACAACUCUUUCCCAAGCACGAGACUGUCACCAAGUACCUCGAAGACUACGCCGCUGAUGUCAAGCACCUCAUCCACUUCAACACCCAAGUCCUCGAUAUUAGCCUGGCAGCUACGAAAGAGGAUGGACAAGAGACAUGGUCUGUCAAGACCCAAAAGGUCCAACACAACAUGAAGGAAGAUGCAAAGGUACAAACAUACGAUGCUGUCGUCGUCGCCAACGGUCACUUUGCCGUCCCUUUCAUCCCUCAAAUCAAGGGCAUGAAGGAGUGGGCCGAGAAGUACCCUGGUGCUGUGUCGCAUUCCAUGUACUACCAGAAGCCCGAAGACUACAAAGACCUCAAGACAGUCAUCGUCGGCAAUGGCGCUUCAGGCAUCGAUAUCGCCAUGCAGGUCAUGACGGCCUGCAGACAUCCCCUGAUUCAGUCCCAGAAAUCCGAAUCCUUCCUCCUCUCCGACCCCUCACCGAAGAAGCAAGAGCGUCCCGAAAUAGUCGAAUUCAUCGUUCAAGACAAGGCUGUGCGCUUUGCUGAUGACUCCAUCGAGAAAAACAUCGACUCGAUCCUCUUUUGCACUGGAUACUUCUACUCCUUCCCCUUCCUCAACAACCUGAGUCCACCGCUCGUCACCAGUGGCACCCACGUCGAGAAUCUGUAUCAACACAUGGUCUAUCGCCAGCACCCCACCCUCUGUUUCCCUGUAUUGCAACAGCGAGUCAUACCCUUCCCCAUGUCCGAAGCACAGAGCGCUGUUAUUGCCCGCCUGUGGAACAACCGCAUAUCGUUACCCUCGGAAGAAGACAUGAAAGCUUGGGAAGACAAUCUCCUGAAAGAGACGAACGGGGGUGGUAGAGAUUUCCACCUGCUCAAGUUCCCCAAAGAUGCCAAUUACAUUAACGAAAUGUAUGAUUGGUCAAUGUCAGCUCCUCAUGCAGAUACCAAGGGCAAGCGGCCGCCACAUUGGGGCGAGAAAGAAUACUGGAUGCGUGAGAAAUUUCCCGAGAUCAAAAAAGCCUUCCAGGACCGAGGCGAGGGCAGACACCAAGUCACUUCGUUGGAAGAACUAGGUUUCGAUUUUGAAAAGUACAAGAAAGAUAGAUUGGUCGAGCAAAAAAGCCUACUCUGAACCUCCGUUAUUCCAGUCGCUGAUAGAAGCUUGAAUAGAUGCUUGAACCCAAAUCAUUGGAGCAUUUGAGUCAUGGGUGGCAGACCCAGCGAAAACUCGACACAAAAUCGAAAAAUUGAUUGACAGGAAAACACUGGUCUUAACGUGAAGCAAAUGGUUUCAACAUCGUCUUCACAUGCAAGUCUGAUAUCGCAUCGAACGCGUUGUCAAAUUGCUCGGAACGGAAAGAGAGAGAUGCCGAGCCGGAUGGCCCCUCGGCCAGCAGCCGAGCGCCUCACCUGCAGUUGAAACCACAAUUUUCCUACGAACAUCUGUGGCGCAGUUGCAAUCCGUUGGAGUUCCAGGUUUCACUGCUUACCAUCUUGUGUGUCUAGUACGUA